UUAUUUCUAAGACCAAUCAAUAUCCUUAACCCUCCCUCCCUCCCUCCCUCUUUUAACAUUUCCAGUGUAGGGUUCAACCAAAGCCGACGGCGGAGAUGCUCGAGUUCCACAAAUGUAGCAGCAGCUCCGUAGAGUGGAAUCCAUCGCCGAUAGUGGCUUUAGCCACCAGCGUUGACCAAUCUCAGGUGGCCGCCGCCAGAGAAGAUGCCUCACUCGAGAUAUGGCUUGUAUCCCCUGGUGCCGUUAAUUGGCACUGCCAGUUGACGAUACAGGGUGACCCUAAUUUGAGAGUUUCGUCUCUCGUGUGGUGUGGUUCGGGUGCUGCUGGCAGGCUGUUUUCGUCGAGUAUUGAUGGUUCGAUUUUGGAGUGGGACUUGUUUAAUUUGACUCACAAGGUUGUGGUAGAUCCUAUUGGUGUGUCUAUAUGGCAGAUGGCUGCUCAUCAUUUGAAUAGGCAAGAGUUCAAUCCAAAAUCAGAUUUGCCUUCAAUAGAGAACGGGCACGGAGAUGGUGAUGGUGAUGUCACCAGUGACAGUGAAGUGGAAGCCAAUUCACUCGAGUUAUACGAGGAACCGUUUACUGAAAAUGCAAGUAUAGCAGUUGCUUGUGAUGAUGGGUGUGUGCGAUUAUAUAAUAUCUCAGAAUCAGAUCAAUUAAACUACUUCAAAUCGCUUCCAAGAGUCAAUGGACGUGUGUUAAGUGUCACUUGGAGUCCAGAUGCUAAAAGGAUAUAUUCAGGGAGUAGUGAUGGGCUCGUUAGAUGCUGGGAUGCUAAAACGUCUCAUGAAGUAUACCGAAUCACCGUUGGUCUUGGAGGUUUAGGGGGUGGAUCUGAACUAUGCGUAUGGUCUUUACUUGCUCUGAGGUGUGGGACCCUUGUGAGUGCAGAUAGUAGUGGCAGUGUUCAAUUUUGGGACAGUUUACAUGGAACGCUAUUGCAAGCACAUUCUUGUCAUAAGGGUGAUGUCAAUGCUUUGGCAGCCAGUCCCAGUCAUACUAAGGUGUUUUCAGCCGGAUCAGAUGGUCAGGUUAUUCUAUAUAAACUUUCCAAGCCAAUAAAAAAGUGGGCCUAUGUUGGUUACGUGAGAGCUCAUACACACGAUGUGAGAGCCUUGACUGUUGCUGUACCCAUAAGUCGUGAAGAUGUAUUACCUGAAGAGAAGUCGAAAAGAGCUCGUAUUAGGGAUAAAGCUGUUGAUUUCAGUUACAACAAGUGGGCCCAUACGGGAGUUCCGAUGCUUAUAUCAGCUGGUGAUGACACUAAGCUAUUUGCAUAUUCUGCUAACGAGUUUACCAAGUUCGCUCCACAUGAUAUAUGCCCUGCACCACAAAGACCACCUAUGCAAUUAGUGUGCAGUACAGUUGAUGGGUUUACUUAUCUACUUUUGGUUCAGGCUUCACGCUGGAUAGAUAUAUUUACGGUUAACGUGAAAAGAGAUGUUUCUGGUCCAUCUGGCGGUGUCUCAACUACUGAUUUGGUGGCUCGAGUUAAGAGCAAGGGUUUGAGAAAGAUCGUUUGCAGCUCUAUUUCACCUUCCGGAAGUCUUUUUGCUUAUUCUGAUGAUUUGAAACCUUGUCUUUUUGAAUUGAAGAAAAACGGAGCCGGAAAAAGUAGGUGGUCUAUGAGUAAAAGAAAACUUCCUUCGUCUUUACCGUUUGCUCAUUCCAUGGUCUUUACUUUUGAUUCUUCACGUCUGAUGAUUUCGGGACAUGAUGGAAUGAUAUAUGUUGUAGAUCUUGGGAGCCUGAAAGUAAGUCAUAGGUUUACCCCCUGUCGUAAGGAGUGUGACGAGCACUUGCCACCCACUCAGCCUCCAAUAACAAAAAUGUUUACUAGUCCCGAUGGACAGUGGCUGGCUGCCGUCAACUGUUUUGGCGAUGUCUAUAUAUUUAAUCUAGCGACACAAAAGCAGCACUGGUUUAUAUCAAGAUUAGAUGGUGCAUCUGUUACAGCCGGAGGGUUUACUCCCAAAAAUAGCAAUUUGCUAAUAUUAUCCACGUCAUCAAAUCAAGUGUACCUUUUUGAUGUGGAAGCUAAGAAGUUAGGUGAUUGGUCUGGACACAACACAUUUGUUUUGCCACGGAGAUAUCAGGAGUUUCCGGGAGAGGUUAUUGGGCUUUCGUUUCCGCCAUCUUCAAAUUCAACAGCGGUUAUCAUUUACAGUGCCAGGGCGAUGUGCUUCAUUGACUUUGGAAUGCCUAUUGGUCGAGAUGAAGAUUAUGAGAAAGUGAAAGGUUAUGAUUCGACAUUAAAGAAGCUAUACAGUCCAAUGAGCGGGAAAAUGAAACGUAAGUUGAUGGGGCACGAUUGCGACAACAAAAAUGGCGGUAGGAACAAUUUUGAAUUUUGUGCGUUUAGAGAACCUGUCUUAUACGUUGGCCAUCUUUCAAAAGGUUCGGUGUUGGUUGUAGACAAACCGUGGUUGCAAGUGGUUAAGACGUUUGAUGCCCAGCCGGUUCACAGACAUAUAUACGGGACAUAGACCAAGUCCUGACAAAGGUGUUACUAGAAGAGGUUAGGUAGAAGAGUUCAGUUUUGGUGUCGUAUUCUAUCUGGUCAACCUGGAGUCAACGCAUGUUGUGUAAUGUGUCUUCUGAUAUGAUAAUCUUGUUUUCUUUAAUAGUAAAAUUCUUUUUCAUGUCGUCUGUGAUGACAUUGGGUUAACUGGAAAUUUUGAUGGCAGAGUUCAUGCAUUUUGAAUUGAAAUUAA